AUAUAAAUUAAUUGUUAUUCAUUAAAAGAAAUCGACACACUCGAGAAAUGGAAAGAAGUAGGAGAAGAAAACGUGAUGGACGGGAGUGAGAUCACGUAACAUGACGGAGUAGAUAAGGGACAAACAAAACAAAACAAAAGCCAAAUAAUUGUUCUCAUCAAAUUAAACAAAAGCUGUUAAAGAAAAUUAACAAAAGGACUAAAAAAAAAAGGCACCAACCAACGAAUUACUCGAACCCGUUUGUCUUCGCUUGAACGCGCGCUCACGCGCCUUCUUCACCGCCCCCUUGUAGGUAUAUACUGCAACUCUAUCAAUUUGGUUGGGACUCCACAUACACUACAAGAACUGCUCAUUUACCCUCUUUCGACUAUUUUGAUUUCCUUAGCUCUCUUUUGUAAGUAAAGAUUGUACAUAUUCAAUUUGGUUAUUGAUGUGGCCCAUAUACUUGCUAUUCAACAAGAUUCUUAAGCCGGAAGAUGAAAGAGAAAUAAAAGGAGAAAAUUUGAGUGUGAUAGAACCAUACCUGUAUCAGCAUUCAUCAUGUAACAUAGAUUCUCAUCCUCCUUCGCUACGGCGUUCACUUUUCAUUGAAGUACCUCACAUAAAUCAAAUAUAUACAUGGGAUUGUGGCCUUGCUUGUAUAUUAAUGGUUCUGAAAACUAUUGGUGACAACAAUUGCGAUAUUCAAGCACUGGCUGAACUAUGCUCCACAACUAGCAUUUGGACUGUUGAUUUGGCAUAUUUGUUACAGAGAUUUUCUGUUACUUUUUCCUACUUCACAGUGACAUUUGGUGCGAACCCAAACUAUUGUGUUGAAUCCUUUUACAAGGAGGAAUUGCCUAAUGAUCUAGAAAGGGUGGAUAUGCUGUUUCAGGAAGCAAUGGAGGCUGGAAUUGAUAUACAGUGCAGGUCAAUUAGUGAGCAAGAGAUUUCCUUUCUCAUAUUGUCUGGGAAAUAUAUAGCCAUUGCAUUAGUUGAUCACAGUAAAUUGAGUCAUGCAGGGCAAGAUGUUCAUGUCCCUGGCAUCUUCUGCAAUAACUCUGACUACACAGGUCACUAUGUGUUGAUAUGUGGCUUUGAUGCUGGAGCAGAUAUGUUUGAGAUUAGAGAUCCUGCUAGCUCUAGGAAACAUAAAAGGAUAUCUUCAAAGUCUUUACAAGAAGCUCGCAAGGCCUUCGGUACUGAUGAGGAUCUUCUCUUGAUAUCUUUGGAAAAGAGCAAGAACGAUCAUCAACCUCCUCUGCAACUUUCCAUCCAUUCCAAUACUGAUUCUUGAUUUUCUUUCCCUGUUUUGCGUAUGUAACAUACUCCUUGUGUAUGUAAGUUGCUAUACAUAGGUUCUUGUGUAUCCCAGUAAAAACCUCUCAAAAUGGCUUCUUCUGGGCUAUAUGCAAUGUGUAUGAACUCAUUACUCGUCAAAAAUGUAUAGUAAUGAUCAAUUCAUUAUAAUCUUAUUGUAAACUAUUUAUUAUUUUAUCCAAUAAACAUGUGAGUCAGACAACUCUGUCACUGUGGUACUGUACUGUAUUCGGCACUCAAUUGCAUUGUACUAUUUUGCCUGAAGUGAAGUUAAUAAAAAGUUAUUUACAUUCUAA